AGCCGAAGCCCUUUGUUGGAGAUGUGUGAGCGCAGUCUCUACAGAGCGGGCUAUGUGGGCUCGCUUCUGAAUUUGCAGUCGCCAGACUCUUUCUACUUCUCCAACCUGCGGCCGAAUGGCGGCCAGUUGGCCGCGCUUCCCCCUAUCUCCUACCCGCGCGGCGCGCUGCCCUGGGCCGCCACGCCAGCCUCCUGCGCCCCCGCGCAGCCUGCGGGCGCCACUGCCUUCGGCGGCUUCUCGCAGCCCUACCUGGCUGGCUCCGGGCCUCUCGGCCUGCAGCCCCCAACAGCCAAGGACGGACCCGAAGAGCAGGCUAAGUUCUAUGCGCCCGAAGCGGCCUCUGGGCCUGAGGAGCGCGGUCGUACCCGGCCUUCCUUCGCCCCCGAGUCUAGCCUGGCCCCUGCAGUGGCUGCUCUCAAAGCGGCCAAGUAUGACUACGCGGGCGUGGGUCGUGCCACGCCGGGCUCCGCGACCCUGCUCCAGGGGGCUCCCUGCGCCCCCGGCUUCAAGGACGACACCAAGGGCUCGCUCAACUUGAACAUGACAGUGCAGGCGGCGGGCGUUGCCUCCUGCCUGCGACCUUCACUGCCCGACGGCCUGCCGUGGGGGGCGGCCCCGGGGAGGGCCCGCAAGAAGCGGAAACCCUACACGAAGCAGCAGAUUGCGGAGUUGGAGAACGAAUUCCUCAUCAACGAAUUCAUCAACCGGCAGAAACGCAAGGAAUUGUCCAAUAGGCUGAAUCUCAGCGAUCAGCAGGUCAAAAUCUGGUUCCAGAACAGGCGUAUGAAGAAGAAGCGCGUGGUGCUGAGGGAGCAGGCGCUGGCGCUCUACUAGCCGUGCGCGUGGCCAGGGCCCGGCUGGGUCUGCCCUUUUGGACAGAGGCCUUGUUUGGGGAGGGGAAUCUGGGGCUAAGGCUAAGGCUUUUCCUUUGGUUCCUUCUCUGCUAGUCCCAGAAGCCACCAAGAGAUUUAGAGAGCAGGCCAGCUGGGCCUCCUUGCUUUCCUCAGUCCCUGAGAAGCCCGUGAGAAACGUGCGGCAGUACAGUGCAACUCUGGCUGGCCUUAAGGCUUCCACAUGGGGGCACUGAGGCCACCUCUCCUUGCUCCUGGCUGGGGCAUUUGCACCCACCGCUCAUUCUUGCUCCCUGGUACCUGGAUUUUUCUGUUUCCACCCAAUUCGUUCUACCUUUCCCCCUGUCUCCAGCCCCUUCAGCCUAUAGCAGUUGCCUAGUUAAGGCUCAGAGUGGAAGGCCUCCUGAGGGAAUGGAAAGGACGGUGGGCACAAUUAGGUCUCUGCAGCAGAAGCCCUUUGUGGCAAGGCCAGUAUCUUCACUCUGGAGAAAGGAAAGGGCACCAUCUACCCUCCACCCUCCUGUCUGCCCUGGCUGAUUUGAGAGGACAAAAGCCACACUAGAUCUUCAGACUUUGGGAGGAAAAGGGAGAGAAGAGGAGGGGCUGGGUAUUGGGGUAAACUUGGAGAUAUCUCGAAAUGAGAAAUGUGAAAUAGGCUGGCCCCUCCAACUGGGUAGAAUAGAGCGGAACCUUCAUUUCCUGAGAUUGGAUGAGAGAGACUGGGGCUCCAGACAAAGUGCCAUCUCCAGACAAGACUGGCAAAUAUUGCCCUACUCUCACCUUCUCAUACAUGCCUAGGCCAGGCCCAUGAACCCUGUAACUGGAUACCCAGAGCCUACCUCUGGGGAAAGGAGCUGCUGGUCUGCUUGGAAGCUCUGUUGCACAGGGAGGAGGGAGAGAUAUCCAGGGGGAGGAGAAGGGAGUGAACAAGAGGAGGAGGGGUGCUACACUCCAGCUGUAAAUAUGGCUUUCCAGUUGAGGUGAGUAAAGGUGUCGGCGCAUCUUUCUUUCUUGAAUUACCUUAAUGGACUCUCAAAAGGGUAGGCAAAAGAUCCUUCUCAAGAGUCAAGGGUUGGGGAAGGAAAUCUCUUAGAUUCUCCACCCAGCUAGCUGCUCUUGACAAAGCAAAGAGGACCAGAAGUUCCUCUCACCGUCUCCACCAUCUGCCAACUCUACCAGAGGCCCAGCUACUGUGCCCCUUCUGAGGCAUGUCUGGCCUGUCCCAGUGGAGACUUCAAGGCCCUGGACCCUGCCAGGCUUGCCUCAAGGAGGCAGGGGUUCCCAAAUGCCAGGUGGAGUUGUUCUGGGUGUAUUGGAGUGUCCCACCUUAAUCUCAGUGAACAAAGCCUCCCUCUGGCCAGCUCAUUCCACUAUCCCUGCCUCUUUUCCCUCUCCUUCUGACAUACAGCACUCCUCCUUCGCACCUCCUAGCAUGAUGCACAACAACCCAAGGAUUCAGGAUGCCUUCCCAAAGUCCAGUGAUUUCUUUUCAGUGGAGGACCUGGCCCCAAACCUGGAGUGGGCACCUCACAGAGAGCCCUGAGCCUUAGCCCAACUGACUUCAGUUAAUGUUUAGACUAAUUUCAUUUUCUAGGCUAUCUAAUAGUUAUCAUGCAUGUUUUGUUUUGAUUUUGUCGAAAACAGUAGCUUGUAUAUAUCAGACACAAUAUAUACAAAUGUUUUGAGUGAAAAUAAAUAUUCAGGUCUGAGCCAA